AAAGAGACACCAAUCUCAAUCCUUUUGCCAUGCCCUUGUAACCGUAUUUGCGAGAAACAAUUCUCUCUUUCUUUACGCUCUCUUUGAAAUCCGCCAUGGACAGAGCUGCGGGUAUCUUCCUCGCAAUCACCAUUCUCACCCUCUCAUUGAUAUCCCUUCCCACAAACUCCCAUCAGUUCUCAACAAAACUCAACAAACGAGAAAUGGCGAAGAGAGAGAAGCUAAGCCACCUCCACUUCUACUUCCACGACAUCGUCAGCGGGCGCAGCCCCACCGCCGUCCGCGUGGCCGAGGCCGCCGCCACCAACUCCUCCGCCACCGGCUUCGGCAUCAUGAUGUUGAUGGACGACCCCCUCACCGCCGGCCCCGACGCGGGCUCCAAGAUCGUGGGGAGAGCGCAGGGGAUCUACGCCUCGGCCGACUUGAGCCGGACGGGGCUCAUGAUGGCGCUCAAUUUCGCCUUCUUGGAGGGAAAAUUCAACGGAAGCACGCUCAGCGUGCUGGGCCGGAACGCGGUGUUCUCGGCCGUGAGGGAGAUGCCGAUCGUCGGGGGCAGCGGCGUGUUCCGGUUCGCGAGAGGGUAUGUGCACGCGAGGACUCAUUUCUUUGACUUCAAAACGUUGAAUGCUGUUGUUCAAUAUGAUGUCUACGUUUUGCAUUAUUGAUAGAUUGUUGUGAUCGAUUUUUCAGGAUAUAAUUAAUAAAUAAGGAUGAUCGUUUUAAUUAA